AUGCCGGAAGAGUACAUGUCCAUGCUGAAAAGCCUACCAUCAGAGGUAGACAAGGUCAAAGAAGCGGUUGUCGGAGUAGCAACUGUCGACGUCUCCAUUCAAAUAGGACCGCCUCGUCAUCUCGCCUCUGGUAUUCUGUACGGAAUACCAGAUAGACCUAAUCAGAUACCAGAUCACUUCUACAAAGACAUUGGCUUCAACUAUGGUCGCGGUGGUGGAUCUCAGUUGCCUUGGACCAAAGGCUACGCCGUCUGCCUUGAAGACUACAAGGCUCGCUUUGCAUCGGCCCUGAGUAACUACAGAACUACUCGUAAACACGGCGGCGAGUUCAUCUACUUACUCCCUGCUGCCUGGGGUGCUGAUGGUGGACAAUCGGACGGCUUUGUGUACCCUGGAGAUGACAAUGAUUGGACAAGCUGGGAUGCGUUUCUUGAACGGACGCUUGAUGAUGUUAAGAAGUCUGAUAUGAUUGAUGGCCUUGUGGUGGAUAUUUGGAAUGAACCGGACUUGACCUUCUUUUGGAACCGCUCGAUGGAGCAGUGGCUGGAGCUCUGGACUCGUUCGUUCAAGAAGAUUCGGUAUGUUAAUCCUUAG